AUGGCAGCUAGAGUACUAAAAUCAACCCAAUCAUGCCACUUUUCUUCACCUUCAAGCUCCUGCGUAGGCACCAAUGAUGGUGGUAACAGAGCCAACCCACAUUCUCUUUUUAACAUUCCUCGUGAGCAAGAAGAAGAAGAAGAGAGGGAAAGAUUUGAGCUUUCGUCUUCUUUAGAGAUUCUUGCUUCUGCUAUCAGAAGGUCUGUGAUUGGUGGCUGCGUUGGCGAAGAAGAAGAAGAGAAUCUUUCUUCAAUGGAGAUUGGUGUCCCUACUGAUGUUAGACACGUGGCUCAUGUCACCUUUGAUCGUUUCCAUGGCUUCCUUGGCUUGCCUGUUGAGUUUGAACCUGAUGUCCCUAGACGUGCUCCUAGUGCUAGUGCAACGGUGUUUGGUGUCUCUACUGAGUCAAUGCAGCUGUCUUAUGAUACUAGAGGGAACGUUGUGCCUACUAUACUCUUGAUGAUGCAGAGUCACUUGUACAUUAGAGGCGGCUUGCAGGUAGAAGGAAUCUUCAGGAUUAAUGGUGAGAAUGGUCAAGAGGAGUACAUAAGAGAAGAGUUGAAUAAAGGUGUUGUUCCAGAUAACAUUGAUGUACAUUGCUUAGCAAGUCUCAUUAAGGCUUGGUUUAGGGAGCUUCCCACUGGUGUGUUGGACUCACUCUCACCAGAGAAAGUGAUGGAAUCCGAAAGUGAAGAAGAGUGUGUGGAGCUUGUGAGGCUUCUUCUUUCAACAGAAGCUUCUUUGUUAGAUUGGUCAAUUAAUUUGAUGGCUGAUGUUGUGGAGAUGGAACAUGUUAACAAGAUGAAUGCUAGAAACAUAGCUAUGGUUUUUGCACCUAACAUGACUCAGAUGUUGGAUCCUUUGACGGCUCUAAUGUAUGCUGUGCAAGUCAUGAAUUUUCUCAAGACACUUAUUGUAAAGACGCUUAAGGACCGAAAAGAGUCUCGAGAUAGGUUGGUUCCAAGUUCGAAUCCUGGUCCUAGGGACGAGAAUGGUGAUGAGAGUAGCAGACAGUUGUUGCAUCUCAUGGAAGCUAACAAGGAGGAAGCUGUAGAUAACUUUGAAGUUGAAAUGAAAGACAAAGAAGAAGCAGAACAAAAUGCAGAACCUCGAGAAAUUCUUGGAGUAAAGUCGUCUUUGAUUAACAAUGGAGGGUUUGGUCAGAAGCAGAGAGGAUGGGAGGAGAAGAAUAAGAGGAAGAUGAAGAGGACAAUGUCGAAUGCUAGUAGUAUUGUUGGACGUGUGAAUUAUAGAGUUGAGCUUUUUGAAGCUUGGCGAUGAAUAAUAGAUUUCAUUCGUUCAUGUUUUUGAUUGAUCCAACUUUUGGAUUUUUCUUGAUUUUGGGUUUUGUGGGAUGUUUUAGUUUUGAUAAUGGUUGCUUGUGUAUCAAGAAAUGCUGCAUUUCUGCAUAUAAUGUCAAAGAUAAGUUUCUUUCUUUGCUUCUCUUCCUUAGUG